AUGUCCAAAAAACCCAUUCCAUAUAAUUGGUCUAAUGAUGUUACUUAUCUUUAUUACAACGAUUACAUUCCGACUUCUUUAAAACCAUCACCAUAUGAUGUGUCUUUGAUCAAAACUCAUCCUAUUCAUCCAUUCACAGCUUCUUCAUUACUUCCAGUAGCAAUAACACCAAAUUUACCAAAUCCUUUGGUUAAAAUAAAAUAUUUAAAAGAUCAAAAGGAUCAUCCAGCCUAUCCAGGUAAUGGAUUAUUUGCAACAAAAGACUUAAAAGAAUCAACCUUAAUCAUAAACUAUAAUGGCAAAGUAAUGCCCAGAGAGGGUUUUGAUGAUUCAAAUAAUAAUUAUGUAUUAUGUUUUAUUAAUAAGUUGUGUAAUGAAGCAAGAUUUAUAAAUGAUUACCGUGGCAUAUCAAAAAAACCAAAUGCGAUUUUUCAUGAAUAUAUAGACUUAAAUACUGGUAUGGUUAAUAUGGGUGUCUGGGUAAUAUCCGGAAUAGGAAAAAUUAAAAAAGGCUCUGAAAUCUUAGUUAGCUAUGGUAAAGGAUUUUGGAAGGAAAGGUCAAAAACUUGA